CAAUCACAACGGGAUAUACAUGAACAUAUAGGGGGUGGCUUUUUUUACUUUCCUUAUCGGCGUUGAAUAUGUGAUCGUGUCAGCAGCAUCGUUAUUACCUGUGUUAUUUAGUUCGGGAUUUUUUUUUUUCUUGACCUGGAUGACAAAAUUGUUUCCGCACCCUUGAUAACGCAUCGCUACCGAGACCUUGGUACAGAAGGGCUCCUUAUAGAACGGGACGGUCCCAACCGAAAUUCCUUAUAUGACGUGUGCAAGACGAGACCUUCAUACGGAAUAACCCCGAGACUAGAAAGGGUGAAAGCCAUUUUUGUCCAAUCAGAACCACUGAAAGUCUGUUUAAGGGCCACCCAAAGCAGAGCACAUGUUCAACGGCUUAUCUACAAGAUAGUCAUCAUGUUUCUAUCUGAAUUACUUCCUCUCUGACAUUAGGCAAAGUUAAAUAUGAAUGUAGGAAGUGGAAGACACAAAAGUAAUGGAACGUUAAGGAUUAAGUCUUUGGCAGAAAGAAGGGCCAAUAGACCAAAGAAAGUCUACAUCAUGCCGUCAGAUGCGGAGUCGAAAUACAAGGAGGCGACGAAAUUUCAGGAGACGAAGUGUAGCUUUCACCAGGUUAAAAUCACGUCAUUCUGCAACAACUGUGGAAACUUCGUGUGCAAUGUUUGCAAACAACCCGCCCACGGCCAUGAUGGUCAUGACUUUAUGUCGGCAACAGAGAAAACCAACGAACUCAAAGAACUUGUUCGUGAGCAUAAAAUGAUGAUAUCUGAAAGGGCACUGAAUCCGGUUAAGAGAAGCAUUAGUGAGAUAAACUCAAUACAGUAUAAUAUGGAAAGCAACUGUAAUGAUCUGAUCCGCGCAGUUGAUGAGAGAGAGCGGGAUUUAAUCAGAGAAAUCGAGAAAUGUUCCAGAAGACUAAAAGCUGAUAUUGAGAGAAAACAAAUCAAAUACAGUCCUGCUUUAGCCGGUAAACUGGCUAAUCUCGAGGACAGUAAAAUAAAAAUUGACAAUGAGCUGAAAUCAUGUGAUAACAUUAUAUACUCUGGAAAUAGCUACGAUCUAUUGGCGUGGAUCAACUCAAGUUCAUUGUCCUUGGACUUUAACAGCGCUCCGAUUUCCGUACUCGCACCACUACAGUAUGAGUUCCACAUUCACAGACCAUUUUAUGUGGAAGAGUUGUUUGGAAAAAUCCGGCAACUCAGAGUUCUUCUUUCUCAUGAUAAUAUCAAAGUAACAAACUCGAGGAAAUACGACAUUUAUUUGGAGAACGUCGUAGCUAGAAAAGAUUGUAUAUGGAUUAACAAAACGGGUUGUUUCGUCUCUCUGAAGCCAAAGACGGGCCAAGAGAUCGAUCGAAAAGUUUGCUCCGUUUGCCCGUCAAGUUUCGUAGUCACCACUUCCGGUGAAAUAAUUUACACGAUACCUCAUGAAAACAACAUUUAUAAAACAACGCAAGCAAUGACAGUAAAGUUAAAACACACGUAUCCUUAUUCACCUAGCGGACUUUGUUUGGCCAUCUCUGGGGGUUUUUAUGUGACUUUGCAUAAGGAAAAGUCAGAUGGCAAAAUAGUGCGAUAUUUCAACGAAGAUUGUAAAGACUGGCUAGAGCUGGCUUGCUACAGAGAAAGAAAAUCUUUACUAAAAAUGCCCACAAAGAUUACCGAAAAUGGUAAUAAAGAUGUAUGGGUCAUUGAUGCUGUCUCAGCAAGUGUCUUCUCGAUCAACAGCGUGGGAAAAUUUAAAUUUGAAUUCAAAGGAAGUGAGAAGAAUUUUGAACCAGUUGGAAUAUGUACCGAUUGCAGACAUAAUGUUCUUAUUUCGGAUUUUCGCAACAAGUUGAUAGAUAUACUCGCCGAUGAUGGUCAGUUACUGUCAUCAAUUAAACUAGAGAGGCUGGGCAUCAGUCGACCGAUGGGCUUGUGUAUCACAAAGGACGGGGAACUGUGUGUGGGACAGGGUAAUGGGUGGAUGCAUUUUUUACGAUAUUCACAAUGACUGCAAUGUAAAGAAGACGUGCAAUUUAUUGAUAUUAUAUGCCAGAUUCUAGUCAUACAAUAAUGUUAUAAAUACCUUAUAUAUACA